AUGAAUAAAAUUCUUAAUGACGCAGAAAUUUGUCUUUUGGUUAAUAAUUGGGAUGAAAGCGGAGACGAUUUUGAAUUGUCUGAUGACGAUAAUGAAUUAUUUAUCAAUGAAGAUCAUACUAGUAAAGAACAUCCUCUAUUUGACCCAGACUUAAUUGAUAUAGAUAGUUUACCAAUUGAAUUUGGCGAUGAAGGUGAGUAUAUUCUUAUCCCUCAAAACGUACAUCUUACAAGUAAUAUUCAACAAAAUACAUUUCCUACUCCAGUGUCUUAUAAUUUAUGUUCAUCUGAUAUACAGUCUACAGCAGAAUCGCAUGUAACUAAAACUUUUCGUCCAACUUUUUUGCUUAAUUCUGAAUUAUGUAUGACUGACAAGAAUCCUACACAAAAAAAUCCAAAAAAAACUGUAGAAUUCCAAAACCUAAAAUGGAAAAAUGGUAAUUUAGUAAACGAACCUCAAUUAAUCACACAUAAUGAAAAUAUGUUGCCCAUUAAUAUUACAGAACUUACUACCCCAUAUCAAUUCUUCACAUAUUUUUUCAAUGACGAUUUUCUCACUAAUAUUAAAUAUGAAACUGAACUCUUCGCUACACAGAUAAAUGUAAAUAAAGCAUUUACGGAUUCAAUAAACGAGCUCAAAAGGUAUAUAGGCAUUUUGAUUUAUAAUUCAAUUUGUGUAAUCCCAAAUGUUAGAGACUAUUGGAGCGACCAUUUAGGUAUUUCUCAUAUUUAUAAAUCGUUAAGUCAAAAACGUUUCGAAGAAAUCCGUAGAUAUCUACAUUUCAAUGAUAACAGUAAAAUUUUAGAUAAACAACAUCCAAAUUUUGAUCGAUUACAUAAAAUACGUCCACUUAUUGACUAUUUAAAUGAUAAAUUUAAUUCAAUUCCGUAUCCAAGGGACUUAUUGCUCGACGAACAAAUACGAGUAUGUGCAACAAAAGCACGAAGUUAUUUAAAAAAAUAUAUGCCGGCUAAACCACACAAAUGGGGGUUUGAAUUCUUUGUCUUGUGUGAUUCGAAAGGAUUUUCUUACCAUUUUGAAAUUUAUUCAGGCCAAGAAAAUGAUAGUAGAUUUCGUUUACCACACGAGCCUGAUCUUGGUGCUAGCUCAAAUAUAGUAGUACGGCUCACCAGAAAUAUUGAACGUAAUAAAAAUCAUAGAAUUUAUUUCGAUAAUUUUUAUACUAGUAUUCCUUUAGCUGCGUACCUAAAGCAGAAUAGAAUAUUGUGCUUAGGGACAAUCAGGAAAGAUCGCUUACCAAAUAAUAAAAUUCCAGAUGAAAGAACAAUAAAAAAUGACCCGCGGGGAAAAUCUUAUGAAUAUUUAACUGUAUAUGAAAACACACCAAUUUCUGUAACUUCCUGGAAAGAUAACAAACAAGUGAACUUAUUAUCGACAUACUGUGGAAUACUACCAAUGCAAUCUGCAAAAAGAUUCGACAAAAAAUUUAAAAAAAAAAUUGAUAUCGACUGUCCAAACAUUAUAAAAGAAUACAAUCGAUUCAUGCGUGGGGUGGACCUAUUAGACAAAUGGCGAAAAACUUUAGCUCAUACUUUGACUAAUAUUGGUAAUGUCCAGACUCCGACUAGAGGACGGCCGUGUUUGGAAAAAGAUAUAAAUAAGAAAAAUAGAACAAGACCAACCCCUCUGCCUUCUCAAGAUGUAAGGAAAGACUGUAUUGGCCAUUGGCCGGAUUCAGUAGAAAAAAAAGGACGAUGCAAACAUCCUAAUUGUAGUGGUUACACAUAUUUUAAAUCAAAAAAGCAAACCAAGGGCGCCAAGAAGAAAACCAAUCAAUUUGGAAGUUCACAGAGUUAUUCAGUUUAA